GUGACUUGAUUCUCACAAAUUUAUGAGAGCAUCUAAAUACAUACACUACUUACUAAAUUCAGCUUGAUUGGAUACUAGUAUGUGCCAGAUAAAAUGUUGUGCAUCAUAUUUGUUUUGAAAAUCAUCGUUACUUCAUUGGGUAGCGUCAGUGCAGGCGCUACGCUGGUUGGGAACAACUCACUGACGGUCACGAGAGGCGAAGACGCUUUCUUUGACUGGAGGCUUGAGAGUACUGACGGGGUGCCAUACCAGUACGUGUGGUUGAAAAAGAAGGGCAGCGAUGACAUCCACAUCCUGACCGUCCAGCUCCCAGAGAGAGAGGUAACAGACGUGGACUCGUACAAAGACCGUACUGAAGCUGCUGGACAUGUUGGCCUGCGCCUUCUCAAUGUCACCAAGCUGGACGCAGGAAUGUAUCUGCUUUAUGUGUACAUUCAUCGCAAACGUCCAGUAAGCACUGAGAUCACACUGGAUGUACAAUAUCCACCGACAAAUACAGCGGUAUCUAUAUCUCACAGCGGCGGGCCGACCGUCAAACGCCUGUCGGUGAAACGAGGGGAUACUCUGCGGUUGAGGUGUGCCACGGACUCCAACCCAACGUCAAGCUUUUCCUGGACGAGACUUGACAACGAUCGCGAAUUCCCACCGUUCGCAGAGGUUAACACAACGUCGGGUGUCCUCACCAUCUACGGUGUACAGAGGAACGACACUGGGACCUACCAAUGCCGUGCGCACAACGGACUCCUGCCGGAUGGAAGAUGGCACGUGAAUAUCACGAUUCAGUAUCCUCCGACGACAACAACUGCUUAUAUCGUCCAUCCAAGCCGAGGUAAUAUUACCAAGGGAGACGCAGUGACACUCACAUGCCGCGUCAGCGAUGCCUUACCGAGCCCGACGUUUUACUGGGAAAGGUACGAUGACAACGUGGCACGUGGCCUGCCCUCAUCGGCAAUAGCAGACGAACAGACGGGCAUCCUAAUCAUCCCUAGCGUGCAACCAAGAGACGCCGGCGUCUAUCGUUGUAUCACUGACAAUGGCGUGGCACCAAAUGGAUCUGCGCUGAUCAUGUUAAAUGUUACAGCCGAACCACGCCAGGCAUACGUCACCACCAGCAGGCCCAGGAUCACUCCGCGAUGGAUUAUACCAUCAUCCAUGUCGGUCGCUUUUGCAGUUUCCUUGUCGUGUGUCAUCUUUCUAUGGCUUCGGAAGGCAAAGCUAAAGAAAAACGACCAUGGCAUUGACCAAUGGGAGAACGUUUUUACAGCUACGGAUGAUUAUCUUCCAGAAUACCAGAGUCCAAGUCACACAGUCGCGCUUCUUUCCAGUGCGACAUCGGAAGAAAAGAUGGCUGAUCCAGUAGUGCAAGAAUUCUGGGAUCGCCUGAUGGAAAUGGACGCAAACGGUGUCCUCGUCUUUCUACAGGAGAAGCAGAUCCUGAAGGCCGACGAUGUCGCCGGAAUCCGCCAGGCCUUCUCCGUAGUAAAGACUCUACUGGAAACGAUCUGCGUGCUGGAAAAGGAGAAUUCGGCCCGGGUGCUCAGCGAGGCCCUGCGGCAUUCAAAACAACAAGGACUGGCUGAUCUGCUAGAAGGAAAAGUUCUUCCGGAUGCUAAGUCCGUGACUGUUACAAACACCACGGACUCAACAUUCAGUAUCGAGUUCAAGCCAGCCUACACCAACGUUCAAGUCUUCGGUGACGUGGACAAGUACGUCGUCACUCUGGCUUUUGAUGUUGAAGAACCACAGAUCAUCGAAACACGCUCACUACUCCCAUCGGAACCUCUACAUGCUGAUUUCACCGACUUAAAUCAAGGGACGUCAUACAACGUCACCGUCGUCGGCAAGCGGGGCGAUGUGACCAGUGCCGGCACCACCCUGACCGUCACUACAAAUGAAUAA